UGUCGCCGAAACGUCGGAUUUGUCUAUCGUUAGUUUUUGCCUGUAUAUGUAAACGUGUUUUAAAGGGUUUUUUACUGGUGCUCAAAUUUUAGUAUCAUCGAGUUUACUUAAAUCGCAAUGGACGCUCAAUAAACAGAAGUUAUUUUGUUAAACGCUUUUUACCACUAUAAAGCAAUGCCAACCCCUCAUUACAAGGGCAAGUUUCUCGGUGACUCCUGUGAGCUCAGUUGAUCGGCAAAGAAAAACAACAAAGUCUAAAAGGAGGAACCCUCUUGGGGCGGGCGUCCGGCGGCGGCUAGUCUACAAGCAAGCUCUAUUUAUACUCGCUCCAGCAAGUAAGUGGCGUAUGAGCAAGUCAAUAGGACUGCAUCAGACAGAUUAAAAUGUGUUUGCCUAAUUCUGAGCAAAUGUUCCUGAGAUGACAGUCACCUGAUCAUAUGUCCGAUGAUGCAUAAAACACAACGUUGCUAACGCAUCGACAAUUUUGAACGUAAUCAUUGCACAUUCCACGCGAAUAUACUGGUAAGUCAAAACAAAGCCAUGGGGUCUUACCCAGGCCAUGUUCUUCCAGGAUCUUUCUUCAUCGUUUUUGGCCUAUGGUGGUGGUUUAAUAUCGUUGCUAUAAUUGCCCAAGCUCAAGCAAGGUUUUUGAGGCAAAGAUUCCUCACUCGAAGAACAAAGAACUGCGUCUUCGAAAUUGAGUUUGAAACUACGACAUGGUGUAGAGUUCCUGUACUGUGCCUGAAACGAUUUCCCGUCGAACCUUGCUUGAAAGUGAUAGCAGCUGCAGUUGGUAUCAUUGCAGAGCUAACUAAAGGCGAAUGGAGUCUCGUAAACGACGCUGGGCACUUUUCGCAUUUGAAUAACUUCAGUCACGCAACAAUGUUUAGUAUUUUCCUGUUGACUGCUGUGGUGGAAAUUCUGCGCUUCUACAACAUAUUAUUCUUACCCGCAGCUACCGAUCAUGUUUUAGCAUCACUGUCAUUCUUUCUAGUCGGAGAGCUUUUUUAUUUUCACAUCGAAGGGCGUUCUGAACUCGAUCAAAAGUUGCACACUGUACUCUACACUGUGGCAUUUUCAAUCGCUGUUGUUUUUCUCCUUGAGGCAUGGCAACGCAAGAGUUUCGUGCUCUUUCUCACGCGCACAUUUCUGGUCUUGUUGCUUGGCACUUGGUUUAUUCAAAUAGCUCAUGUGCUGUAUGGUUCCCAUCCUUGGAAAGACACAGACUCGAAUCGAGCUAUCGUCGUUGUUAUUUUUUCGUGGCUUGUGUUAGGCCUACUCGCGAUGUCCAUCUGCAGUCUUGUUUUAGUAAGCGUGUGCAUAAGGGUGAAAAUAUCCACUUGUAUCAAGCCUUUAGCGUCCACUGGAGACCUUCCAAAAGAAGGGAGAGAAAUGGACAGUCUUAUGUCCACUGACCAAGGAAACGAAGAAUUAACUCAGAUUGACUGAAUCAAGAGAAUUUUUCCCAACAAAUGGAUUCAUUUUAAACUAAGAUGGCCUGCAACGCAUAAUUCGUUUGCCUUUAUUUCAAAUAUCAAAAUUGCGCAGUCCAAGGAAAGACAUUUUGUAAUAAGCUUGUAUUUAAUUAGUAAUCUGAAAUCCCAACUCUGUUGGCCAGGUUUCGGAAAUCAAUACGACAUCUAAACGACUAAAAUCUACCAUCCAUGUAAUGUAAUUGAUCUCAGAAAAUUUUGACACGUAAUAGACCAAUUUCGAGAUAUUAAAAUUCAGCCUUAAACAAUAAACCUACAGAAUAACUACAGAGUUU